AUGGAUGAUCCUCAAAAUCCGUAUGCAGCUGCUCACCGCCACCCAAAAGGGCCGGGUGACGCGCGACCUACUGCUCUUCAGAUUGUCCAAGACAACCAACGUGUUGCUGCCUUGCCUGACCUCGUCAUUCUCAUCACAGGCUGCAGCAGUGGUCUUGGAGUCGAAACCGCUCGCGCCCUAGCCGCCACCGGCACCACACUGUAUCUGACCGCACGCAACCUGACCAAAGCCCGCGAGGCGCUUGGUACCGACCUCCUCUCCAACCCCAAGGUCCACCUCCUCCAACUCGAUCUCGAAUCUUUUGCGAGUGUCCGCUCCUGUGCCCGUGCCUUCCUCUCGCAGUCCUCGAAGCUCAACAUCCUCAUCACCAACGCCGGCAUCCGACACGUGCCGUUCGGAAAAACGAAAGAUGGCUUCGAGCGCCACCUCGCAGUGAACCACCUGUCGCACUUCCUCCUCACGCAACUUCUCUUACCAACCUUGAAGGUGUCGUCUACGAUGCACUUUCGAUCCCGCGUCGUGGCGCUCAGCAGCGGCGCGCACCGCAACUCGCCCAUCGAGUUCGACGACCUCAACCUAGAAAAGCCCGGCGUGUACACACCGGCAAAGGGCUACGCACAAAGCAAACUGGCGAACGUGUACAUGACCAGCGAAAUCACACGCCGAUACGGAUCCUCCGCCGCUGACGGCGCUCGACCCGGCGUGUUUGGCCUGGCUGUCAUGCCUGGCGGUAUCCGUACGGGCCUGCAGCAACACGCUGAUGGAGUGGUUCCCGAGGUUCUGCGAAGCUGGUAUUUCGUCAAGAAUAUCAUGCGGAUUCUCAAUAUCCAGAAGAGUCCCGAGCAGGGUGCCGCGACGAGCGUGUUGGCGGCGGUUGGGAAGAGAUUCGAAGGGCGGGGAGCCAUGUAUUUGGAGGACUGUGGCGAGGCAGUACCGGUGAAAGAGGGGUGGGGGUUGCUUGAUGGCGGGUAUCUGCCUGGGAGGACGGAUGACGGGGAGGCGGCGAGGAGAUUGUGGAGCGUGAGCUGUAAGCUGGUGGGCGUCGAGGAUGAUGGGUUGUGA